AUGGAAAAUGAGGCGAAUCUUUCUCAGGAAGCAUACCUAUUGCUUCAAAUAGAGAUUGGCACUCCGAGAGUAGUGGAUAUCAGGAGACAAAUUAGGGACAUUGAAGAAACUAUCUAUAAUUCCGCUUCAUCGACUGUAGAAUUACCCUUUAGAAGACAUCCUACAUUUUUCCGAGUGUCGACUGGAAGCCAAAGGGAAGGAUUUCGAUUUGAAAAAUCCGACGACGAUUAUCUUUACUGGUGGACUGACCACAAAGUUAUUUAUAGCCCAAAACAAGAAAACCUAUACAAUAAAGAAACAUUGAUCAUGAUGGAGUAUUGUAAAGAUAGUCCGGGAUCCGUCCUCCUGAAAGUCAAAAAGUGGUCUGAUUGGCCUAUUGUUCGUGCUAGUUAUGUCACAUUGGGGAAAGGAACCUACAUGUCAAGUUCUAAGUAUAGAAAAUCCACUCUAAAAUUAGUUGUUAAAAAUUCACAAGAACAUGGACCUUGUGCAAGCGGUCAGUUGGAUAAUGGAGUUGACUUUGACAAUGCUCAUGCAUUGAAAUGUGAUUUUCUUCCAGAGGUAGCUUCUUCAUGGAUAAAGCGUUGUGAAACAAAGGGUUGGCCUGACUCUACCGUAUUGCAAUAUGCCAGAAAAACAGGCUGUCAUUUUGUUCCAAUUGGUCGUAAAAACUCACCAAAUCAGAAAUAUGAAUGGCGAAUUUCCUUCAAUCUUAUUGAAUUGAAAUGUGUACACUCCAUGAGCCAUGUUCAGUUUACUUGUUACGGACUAUUCAAGAUUUUUCUCCGCAAAGUUUUCAAAGAAGUGGGACAUUUAUUUGAUCAUGGUUCAGAAACAUGCAUGGAGAGGGCGUCGAGGAACAGGAAAAGCAAAGAACAAGAUUAA